GUUUCGAUUGGUAUCAUGAAAAAGUGGUUGCUGUUCGGUUGCGCACUUCUGGUCGUCAGGUUUGUCAGUGGAGACCUAGGCUUGACAAUUACCAUCCCGAAUUUAUCCUCAUCGGUGAAAUCAACCAUCGGAAAUGGUAUCAAAGUAAUUACAGCGGCGAAUGCCAGCAUCACAGUGAACACAACUUUAGAUGCUAGCGGUGCAUUGAGAACAUUAAGAACGCUGAUGAAUGAGAUUGUGCCUUCGAUAGGAAAUCUUUUAUCGGGAAUCCAGAAUGCGACGACAAACAAAUCGGGAGAUACUGAUUCGGUUGCAAAUUCAAUAAAUGCUAUUAUAUCAGACGUGGGUUCUGCUAUUGCAACCGCAGUAGAGGACAACUUUUCACUGGGAUCCGUAACCAAAGAUGUGUGGUUCAAUGGUUUAAUAGGAAAUUUAUGGGCGAUAACAGCUUCAGUAAACUCUUUUUCGGAAGCUUUCAAUGGCGUCAGUACAUUACUCUCGGAUAUUAGUUCUGCCGAGUAUCCCUACACGUCAAACAAUGUAACGAAGGUUAUAACGCCUGCCGUCAUCAAUAGCAUCUCGACACCAUUAAAAUACGUCAUAGGAAAUUUGACUUCAGCUGGAACAAUAAUCACUGCAAUUGGCAAGGAUAAACAAGCUGCCGUAGCAUUAAAAACAGCUGCUAACAAAACGAUGAACAAUGAUCUGACGAGAUUGGUUUCUGUUUCAGCCUCGUUCAAUAAAACUAUGACAGAUGUGCAAACAUCUAUAAUUCGGCUGGCGAACACUAGCCUCAUCGCAAUAAAUAAUACCUAUAAAGACAUUCUUGCCAGAAAAAUGCUCUAUAAUGGAGGUGAAACUACAAAUUUAACCUCCUAUUUAGCCCUGAAUAUCCUGACAAAUAACAGCAUAUUAGGAAAUAUCGGACUCACCUAUUCAGUUUACCAGGAUAUGGUUUCUACCGCGUUAAUCGAAGAAACAUCGAACAUUGUUAACGCCCUGACACUGGGCCUGUCGAAUGUCACCGACAUGGCGUCAACCAAUGCCAGCAAGUAUGCUACGUCAUGUGCAAACAAGUAUGGAUCAAUGUUUCAACAGUCGACGGUCUCGAUGACGCGACUUGCACCCUGCAUUCAGCAGGAAACAUCCGGAUUCAGCUCAUUACUUCAGGCAGUCCAGGUCCAGUUCAAUGCUUUGAUCCAGGACGGUGGGGCAAGCGCUCUUAAGUUGAAUUUUUGCACAGUUCCCAAUGGCAAUUGCUCGGUUUCUUAUUUCGCCAGUUUUGAUGUACUCGGAGAUACCGUGGCGACAAGAUAUUCCAUGGUUUUUGGAUUGCUAGCACAACCCGCAAUCAUCGCUAGACGUAUUCGCGCAUGUAUUAUUGCCGUUUCGAACGAUAUUCAGGACGUGUCGAGUGUCAUUCAGAAUAAAUUCGGAAAAUGUCUAACAACCGGCAGCUAAGGUUGGAGCUACGGUGUAGUACAGUGCUUGUAAAGGAAAAGAUAUUCUUCCCGUUUGGUCGAAAAAAUGUUUCCUAACAUAAUUUGGAAAGGCGAAUUCAAUAAAAAAAAAGUGCCUAAUCCACCUAACAGUGAGAUGAUACCUUUUUUAUCAAUCCGCAUGUGUUUUUUGCAUAAAUACUCUUCGGUGUUUCAA